UUUAGGUUUUAAUCUCUUUCAGAUUUGGAAUGACAAACCCGAUUCUUGGAUAUUGGGAUAUUAGGGGGUUAGUCCAACCUUCCCGUCUUGUUUUCGAGUAUUCCGGAGCUCAAUACGAGGACAGGCGUAUUCUAAUGAGUCAACCUGAUUGGUUGGCUCAUAAAACUACUCUUGGCUUUGAUUUCCCCAACCUACCUUUCUAUGAGGAUGAGGAUGUUAAAAUAACACAAAGUCUGGCAAUCUUGAAGCAUCUUGGUCGUAAGUUUGGUUUGGAUGGUUCGACUGUACGCGCCAAGGCCGAGGUUGACAUGGUUCUAGAUGAAGCAGCUGAUGUCAGAAAUCCGAUGGGUGCUCUCUGUUACAGGUCUGACUUUUCUCCAGCUUUGAUGAAGGAAUGGGUUGAAGGAUCAGGAGAGGGUAUGAAAAGUGUAGAAGACAGGUUUUUGCCUCUACAAUGCAAACUUGGAUCCAAUGACUGGUUUGUGAACAAUGAAUUAACAAUUGCGGAUUUCAUGAUUUGGGAAACACUUGACGCAUACAGUCUUCUGUUUCCUGGCUGUUUAACCAAGUUGACCGGCCUAACUAGCUUCCAUUCUCGGUUUACACAUCUGAAGGGGGUCAAGGAGUACCUAGAGUCAGACAGGUACAAGGCAUACCCUAUAUGGAGUGUACGAGCAAAGCAUGGAUUUGUUGAACUUAAAUAAAAACAUCAUGCAUCAAGCAUUAUCAUGCAUCAAACAUCAUCAUGUAUCAAGCAUCAUGCAUCAAGCAUUAUGCAUCAAGCAUUAUGCAUCAAGCAUCAUCAUGCAUCAAGCAU